CACCAUGACUCCACAUUUAACUAUUGCAAGGUUAUUUCUGGGAUUACUCCUGUUCUGCGCGGUCCACGGCCUUCCUGCAAACCGGCGGCAUUGGUUCUACCCGGCCUUCCAGCAGCGGGACCCGCUGGGUGCCGAGUGCGUAGUCCUCGACGAUCAUCCGUGCAAUGUAAUGUUCAACCGGACGGAGGGCGAGCGGUACGCAAAGUUCCCGAACAGCCGCGGUAUGACGUUGGAGGGCUCCAAGAGAGAAUUCAUGCAGUAUUACACUCUUUUCAACCUCAAGCCGCCAGGCUGCUACCUCGAGAUGUGGUCGCUGCUCUGUUUCCACUACUUUCCGCAGUGUCGCCCGGGCCUGCCCCUCAAAUACAUAGCAACUCCGUGCCGCGAGACGUGCCAGAGAGCGCGGACUGGCUGCGACGAUUUUCUGCGAGAAAGGAACAUAACCUGGCCCGAGCACUUGGAAUGCGCAAAGUUCAACUCUUCCCACGAUGACCAUCUGUGCGUCAACAGGUCGGCUGUUGAACAAGUGACUCUGCCGGCCCCGACGCCGACUUCAUCAGCACCGACUUCAGGAUCCAGCCCAACCUCCAACGUUCCUACCACGAGUCGGCCCACUACUAGACCCACUACUACAACGAGCACACCCAACAACACACCUGAACCUCCUGCUCCACAAUGCCACUCAAGAUGCAAAUUCCGUACAAGAGCAAAUGGUGGGACCUUCAGGAAUAACGACUACACUUUUGCUGCCAAUGUGACAGUCAUUAGCAGCAGCAGCCUUGGAACGACGGACCGUCAUGCAUUCCUAGCAGUCAUAACCCGCUACUGGGUGCUGGACUCACAGAACUGCUCUCACUUUGAGAACCACACAUACAUCAUAAUCAGGACCUCCUACUCACAUUGUCCGCCGUGCCCCGGCUUCAACACAACCGCUGGUGAAAACGUAUACCUAGUGGCCGGCUACUGCAAUGAUAGAGGGUGGUAUCUACCGCCGACAGACAGUUUAGUGUCCCCGUGGAAUCUGAACAGAAUGAAGUACGAAACAAAGCUAGAGGGCUGGAUAGGGAACGCAAUGGAGCAGAGAAGACAAAGUCAAUAAAUUGUGCAGUUCUGUCGCGUCAACUGUGUGUCUACUCUCUUUGUGUGCGUGUGUAUUAUGCUUCUGGUCAUAUUGGACAAACACAACCAAGGUAGGUGAAAUACGUAGGGACAAGGAAGAACGAGCCAUGUGCAGGUAAAUAUACUGCCAGGGUUCUGCAUUAAAAACUAGUUUGUUUGAUCUCACUGCUUUAAACAGCAAACAAUUCUCCAUAUAAAAUUGAUUAAUUGCCUACCUUUGCCUUACAGAUUAAAGUGCUCAAGAAUGAUUCAUCACAUGUUUGUAUAUAUCUCUAUCGUGUCAUACACAGAUAUCUCUUCACUUCUCUCUGUCAUACAAUGACCAUUAUUACAUCUAUUGAC